GUUAGCUUCAGUUUUAGCUUGAAUCUCGUCGAAUGCGCAAGUGAUUUGAAGAGACAGUGAAAAAAUAAAGCAAAAUAAUAUUUAAAUUAUUGUUUCUACUAAAUUGUAGUAUUACAGCAAGAGUAAAUAUAUAAAAAAAAUGCCUGAGAUCAACACACCCGAUAAAUUGGAAUACCAAUUCCAUCCAGUCUCCGGUACUGUAUUCAAUUUCAAAGUGCGUGCCGCGCACGAUGCUCACUUGGCAUUGACCUCCGCGCCAGUGGAGGCCGAUCCCAUAUAUGAAGUUUUUAUUGGUGGCUGGGAGAAUACCAAAUCGGUGAUCAGAAAGAAUCGCCAGAAGCCUGAUGUGGUGGAGGUACAUACGCCUGGCAUCUUGGAAGCCAGCGAAUACCGUGGUUUCUGGAUACGUUGGUACGAUAAUGUAAUCACCGUAGGUCGUGAGGGUGAGGCAGCCGCCUUUUUGUCGUACGAUGCGCAAGACUUGUUCCCCGUAAACUUCGUAGGCGUAUGCACCGGUUGGGGUGCCAGCGGAUCGUGGUUGAUUGACGAUGCUCCACAGGCCAGCGCUCCCGCCUUUGGCUUCGCCCCACCCUGUGGCAGCGGUCCCGGUUGUUGGGUACCAGCCGCCAACGGCACCAUUCCGCCCAGCGCUGUUGAGGGAGGCUUCGAUGGCAGCGAACAAUUAUAUAUUGGUCGCGCUCGUCACGAGGGUGACCUCAUUCCCGGUAAACUACAUCCAUCACAUGGUGUUUGUUACAUUGCUUGGGGAGGCGGCGAACACGGUCAUGGCGAAUAUGAAGUUUUGUGCUCAGGCGGCGGUCAAUGGGUGCCCGUAAAGGAUGGUAACAUUCCACCAAAUGCCUUCCCUGGUGGCGAGACCUCUGACGGUGAGCCGCUAUUCAUUGGCCGCGCCACACACGACGGCACCAUCACCGUGGGCAAAGUUCAGCCAUCGCAUGGAUGCUGUUACAUUCCAUAUGGCGGUGAAGAGGUGGCCUACAAGGAGUUUGAAAUCUACAUUGCGGCCUAAACGUGUUAACCACAUGACUGCACGCGUUAACAAUUUAUGCAAUAAAUAUCUAUUUUAAAUGGAACAAGAAAGUAUACACAUAUAUGUAAAGUAAAAGCGCACAAAAUGCACUCAAUUAAGCGAAUAAUGUUUAUAAUGAGACUCGAAUGUAUUGUUGAUCAAACAAAUUGUAUUGAAAAAUAUUUUAAAAGAGAAGCAAAUAAUAUCAAUUUUGUUAAUAAGUGUUUUAAUAAGGCGCGCAAAAGUUAUGCAUAACGAUCAAUUAUGGUAUUUUAUUCCAUUGCUCUCAGACUGUUAAAGAUAGUAAACUAUUUACUUCGCUUUAAAUUUUGUAUUUAUUUUUUGUCAAAUCAGUUGCAA